UGUAGUGUUUGUAAUAACAUUACAUGACAUUGGUUUCUUGAGAGAGAGCAGAUCAAGAAGUGUCGUAAUAAAGUAUGUGCAAUCCAAAACCCCAUUUCAUCAAAUCCAUGAACACUCCCACUCCCACUCCCACUCCCACUCCCACUAACUAUGAUCAUCCACACCUCCAUAAAUGGCCCAACACUUCUGAGGUGAUCCAAGAAUUGAAAGAGAUCGGGAAGAUCUCCGGGCCAAGUGCUAUUACAGGACUCAUACUCUACUCAAGAGCUAUGAUCUCCAUGCUCUUCCUCGGCUACCUCGGCGAGCUUGAACUCGCCGGCGGCUCCCUCUCCAUCGGCGUCGCCAACAUCACCGGAUACUCCGUCAUCUCCGGCCUCGCCAUGGGCAUGGAGCCCAUCUGCGGACAAGCUUACGGAGCGCGAGAAAUGCGCCUCCUCGGCCUCACCCUCCAGCGGACUGUGCUGCUGCUGCUCUCGACUUCGAUCCCAAUCUCGUUCAUGUGGAUGAACAUGAAAUCGAUCCUGGUUUGGUGUAAUCAGGACGUCGAUAUUUCGUCGGUGGCGCAUGAGUUCAUCGUCGUCGCGAUACCGGACUUGUUCUUCCUCUCCGUCCUCCAUCCGAUGAGGAUUUUUUUGAGGGCUCAGGGGAUCACAUUGCCGGUAACUUACUGUUCUUUGAUCUCCGUCGUGAUCCAUGUGCCGCUGAAUUAUGUUCUGGUGGUGGGGUUGGAGCUUGGUGUGGGGGGAGUGGCGGCGGCCAUGGCGGUCACGAAUUUGAAUGUGGUGGUUUUGGUGUGUUUUUAUGUUUGGUGGUCGGGGGUGGGGAGGGAGUCGGGGUUUGGGGUCACCGGAGAAUGUUUCAGGGGUUGGUCGGAGCUUUUGGCUAUGGCGGUGCCGAAUUGUGUGGCGGUGUGUUUGGAGUGGUGGUGGUAUGAACUGAUGAUUAUGCUUUGUGGAUUGCUGGAAAACCCUAAAUCGACGAUUGCGGCGAUGGGGAUUUUGAUCCAAACGACGUCGCUGGUGUACGUAUUUCCGUCGUCGUUGAGUUUGGGGGUGUCGACGAGGGUGAGUAACGAGCUGGGGGCGCGGCGGCCGGGGAAGGCGCGGGCGGCGGCGGCGGUGGGGAUGGCGGGGGCGGUGGGGAUGGGGAUGGCGGCGAUGGGGUUUGCGGUGGGGAUGAGGAGGCGGUGGGGGAGGCUGUUCACGGCGGAUUCGGAGAUUCUCGAUUUGACGGCGGCGGCGCUGCCGAUCGCCGGGUUGUGCGAGCUCGGGAACUGCCCGCAGACGACGGGCUGCGGGGUGUUGCGGGGCAGCGCGCGGCCGGCGGUGGGGGCGCAGAUUAAUUUGGGGUCGUUUUAUCUGGUGGGGAUGCCGGCGGCGUUUGUGAUGGGGUUCGUCGCCGAUUUGGGGUUCGCCGGACUGUGGCUGGGGUUGCUGGCGGCGCAGGCUUCCUGCGCCGCCCUGAUGGUGGUGGUGCUGUGCAGGACGGAUUGGGCGGCGGAGGUGGACCGGGCAAAGGAGAUGACGGCGGCGGCGGCGGGGGUGGGUCUGCUGCCGGUUCCCGGCGAAGAGGAGUGCCGGAAAAGUGGGGUGAGUCAAAUGCGGAGUCUGGACGAUAUUUUAUGUGGGGAUGAUACGGAAACUGAAACUGAUUCUCUGAUUGUUUGAUUCCAUUUUCGAUCAUCGCUGUGAUUUUCAGAGCAGGGAAAAUUGAAUUAGGGUUUUUGCGCCAUUGGUGAGGAAGACGAUGAUGAUGAUGAGCAAAUUGUUGAGUGUUGUACCUUUGGCUUCUGAUGUUGUACUGUUGUAGCAGAGAUCUUUUUCUUCUGAUAUUCUGUGUGUAGACUGCUACAGUUUCUUUCUUUA